AUGUUCCCAUGGUUCCUUUCCCUUUGGAUUUCCACACCUGGUGCCUGGGCACAGAGCCCGGCGCCCAGCGAUGCGCAGAGCACUCGCGUGCAUCUGGUGACCUACUGCAACGAAGCGCAGAGCUCCAUGGGUUUCCUGUUGGCCUCAGCGGCGGCCAACGGCUUGCCCACGGUGGUGCUGGGCUUCGGAGACCAUGCCUGGUGGCCCGAAGGCCUCGGGCGAAAGAUCAACGCCCUGAGGCGAUUCGUGUUAGAUUCUGCUCUGAAGCCCAAUGACUUGGUUCUCUUUGCCGAUGCCUAUGAUGUGCUGAUACAGAGCACGGAGCAAGAGAUUCGAGAAUCCUUUGAACGACUGGAACGACGACUGAAUGUGAGCCUGAUCUUCAAUGGAGAUCGUGACUGUGCUCCCAGACUGCCAGAUGUUUGCACUGAUCCGCGACCUGUAGACGUCUGGCUUCAUCCCAGAGUGUACUUGAAUUCUGGAGCAUUCAUUGGCAGGACCUUUGCCAUGAAAUCCAUUUUGCUUCAGGAUCCAGUGAGUGAUGUCAUGCCUGGAGGUGAUCAAGCCUUUUAUCAACGAAAGUUCAUGUCUCACCCGCAUGCGAUGUCUGUGGAUACUGAUUGCCAGCUUCUAUGCACGGUCGCCCGAAAUUUGGACGCCGAAGGCUUAAGACAGCUGUCAAACGGGACGGUGGUCUUCUCCUCUGCUGCGACUAGCGUCAGCAUCCCGAGCAUUCUGCACUUUCCGGGGGGUGGGCACUGGCCCAUGUGGCAGCAAGGCUUGCCCAGCAGUGUGAUCCAGGAAGUCUUUCGAAAGAGGUUUCCCGAACAGUUCAAGGUCCUCUACGACCACAUAGAGGUCUCGGCUGAUUUGCGAGGAGUACAUCACUUCCGAAAGAGGCUUCAACAAGAGAGUUUCCUGCAAGCGCUGCGGGCCAUCAGCUGCUUUCGUUGCAAAGUCCUGCUGCACACAGAUGACGAGUGCAACUUUGUUCAGUGGGACAAUGAAAUGUGCCAGGAACUGCGUAUGUGCCUUCCUUGGCUAAUCGUGGUCGUGGGAUUGCUGCUUUGGAAGCGAAGCUGGCGGCGGUGGUGUGGAAGAUCCAAACCGUUGGAUCGCAGUUCUUGA